AUGUCAUCGAUCAGACUACGAUCUGGUUCGGUGUCGUCCGCCGGUGUGGGAGCCCUGCCUGCGGCAUUGCCGCUGGCGGACACGGAAUUUUCCAGCGAUUCCGAGUUCUGCGAUGCGGAGGGGUUAGCUCCACCCUCUCGCAAAAAGAAGAAAGGACGCCCAACAACAACUGGGGAUUUCGUCAAGAAAAAGGAGACGCAACAUGGAGCCAUGUUGGCUUCUAGGGCGGAGGCGGAGGCGCGCCUAUUAAGGGACAUCCUAGAUCCCGGCGUCCCCGCCCCCGUCAGGAAGAAAGCGUCGCUCGAUGAGCUGCAAGCCGUGGCCACCUCAAUGACCGAGGCGCCACUCGCGGACAUCGGCCAGCAGACGUUGGAGGCGGCCGAAACGGUCUACAAGGUGGCCGCAAGAAGUGGCCACCUCCAAGGUCAAUUGGCGAAAGCCCUCAAGGACUCGGCGGACGUACUCGUAUGCGCCAGCCUUGAGGUUAUACAACGGGUCGGAAAUACACACCUGGAGGACGACAACCGCGCCCUAACGGCCGAGGUUGUCGCCCUCCGGGCGGAAGUCGAGGAGCUGAAAUCCGCCGCACUCCUCAGGAAGGUGGAGGGCACAUCUGCUCUCCUGGAAAGUACCGCCGAGCGGUUGCGACAUUCACCUCUACGCGAGGUGGUGUCGCCCCCCCGCGCGAUGCAGUCACCCGAGCGCCCGAGGGAGGCAACUCCACGCGCCAGGACCUCACCUCAAUUGGUGGGGGAGAGGCCGAAUAGGGAACCACCGGACAUGUGGGUGGUGGCCAUGUCCAAUAUAAAGGACAUGGUCAGAAACGAGGUGGCCGCACUCAGGGCAGAAUUGAGAACCGCCCUCUCGAGUCGGCUGGGGGUGCACGAAACGCCCCCCAGCGGGACGAACAACGGGCAAGAAGGCCAGACAAUUCCCGCCCCUUCUUCCUCCAAGAGAAGGAGGAGGCGCGGCGGGAAGAAGAACAGGAAGAAGAAGGCAAAUAUUGCAGGCGAUAAUGCCCCACAGCCGGCGGCAACAGCCACGCCCCCGACCAGAAUCCAGCCGAGUCGGGCGGCCAAGACACGAGCGGCAGCGGUGGGGUACACGGAUCCUGUCCAAGGUCAACAGGGCGUAGACAAGGGCGGUCAGGCCGAGACUUGGGCCCGGAUUGUGGGACGCAGGGAGCAAAACGCCGCGAGGCGUGCCGCUACCACAGCAGCCCCGCCAACAAGGCCCCGUUCCCGUGGCCGGAAGGCGGGCACACAGCCCCCCUCACCAGCCAAUCAGAGGUUGGCACGUCUGCGGCGCGCCCCCAGGACGGCGGCGGUUACAAUUACCCUGCCUCCUGGAGGCAAAAAGUCCCUGACCGAGGUCGUUUCAAAGGCUGAGGAUAACCUCAUCCUGGCCGACCUCAGGAUAGAGGACGUGCGCCACAGACGUGCCAGGACAGGAGGUCUCCUUUUGGAAAUCUCCGGUCCAGAGAGGGAGGCUAAGGCCCAGACCUUGGCCAAUAAAUUGACCAAAAUUUUGGGGGAGGACGCCAAGGCCGUACACCCGAAUCUCCGCACGGAGACACGGGUGCACGGCCGUGGUAACGCGGCCACCCCAGAAAAAGUGGCCGCGGGUGUAGCUGCUGCUGGAGGAUGUGCAGUCG